UAAUAUGCUAAGGGACACGAAAAAUAGCUAAAGAUUUUUUUAAAAAAGAAAGAAAUAAAAAUAUAGAAAUGGCUUGUCUCUCGGCGGUGAAGUUGCAAGGACGACCACCAUCGAUCUCGUCCAAUCUCAACCCAAAUCCCAAACAUGCAGGUUCGGAUUCCGUUUCAUUAGACAUCUCCAUACCUGACUCCGAACCAAAGCCUCGGAAAUUCAGCUCAAAGCUGAAUCGCUGGAACAGAGCACGAACCUUAAGGUCCGGCACGAAGGUGGACCGUACGAUUAAUAAUGAGUCAAACAGUAAGACCGGUCCGAUCGUGAAUUUCCCUGAUUUUUCAACGGCGGAAAGUGACGUGUCGUCAAUUAACGGAGAUAACGAGACGGAUUUCACGGCGGCGAAGUCGAUUUAUAUAGUCUCUGACGGAACUGGAUGGACGGCAGAACACGCCGUUAAUGCAGCUUUGGGGCAGUUCGAUUACUGCUUGGUCGACCGUGGCUGUCCCGUUAAUACACAUCUCUUCUCAGGGAUCGAGGAUGGAGAUAAGUUAAUGGAGAUCAUAAAGCAAGCUGCUAAAGAAGAAGCAAUGGUAAUGUACACAUUAGCUGAUCCAUCAAUGGCUGAAGCAGCCAUGAGAGCAUGCAAGCUAUGGAGCAUCCCUUCACUCGACAUCCUAGGACCAAUCACAGACGCAAUCUCCUCUCACUUAGGAGCAAACCCUUCCGGCCUUUCACGUGGCGUCACAAAAUCAUCACUCAACGAAGACUACUUCAAAAGAAUCGAAGCAAUCGAAUUCACAAUCAAACACGACGACGGUGCCUUGCCAGAGAAUCUUGAAAAAGCUGACAUUGUUCUUGUAGGUGUCUCUAGGACAGGGAAGACACCACUCUCUACUUACUUGGCUCAAAAGGGUUACAAAGUCUCUAACGUACCGAUCGUGAACGGUGUUGAUCUUCCCAAGACUCUGUUCGAGAUUGAUUCAAGAAAGGUUUUUGGUCUGAUGAUUAACCCGGUGGUGUUGCAAGGGAUAAGGGAGGCUAGAGCCAAGAGUCUUGGUCUUGGUUCUGGUUUCGAGAUUAAGUACUCUGAGUUGAGAUCUGUUAGGGAAGAGCUUGAGCUUGCUAAGAGAAUCUUUGCAGAGAAUCCGAGUUGGCCAGUGAUUGAAGUGACAGAGAGAGCAAUAGAGGAAACUGCAGCAGUGGUUUUGAGGCUUUAUGACGAGAGACAAAGCAAUCGAGCGAUGCCUCGCAUCUCUAAAUGCUACUAAAGUGUUGGACGAAGAAUUUGAAUUAGUGUGGGAAAAUUUAUAGAAAUAUAGUUUAUAAAGCCCAUUAGUCCAUAUUAUUGGGCCAAGGCUGAAGUCCAUAGAAAUAUAUCAAGUUGGAGAGAAUUGAGUAUUUUCUUCCAUAAACCAAUAACAUAAGAAAUACGCAGAUUAUGUAAUCAAUGAAAAAUUCAAUUUAUUAAUCAUAGAAAGAGAGAAAAAAAAU